AUGGCGGACAAGGCAGAGGGUGUCGCGCAGGUUGACGUAGCCUCGGCCAUCAUAUCGCCCAUCGAUCGCGACAUUGUUGCCCACCUCGCCGCCCGCGACAACGUCGAAGUGCGCACCAUCCUCGAUACCGCCCCCUUCGACAACCAUGACCAGGUCGAGCAGGCUGCCGCCGCCAUGUGUUCGUGGGCCGACCUCCUCGUCCUCGCCCCCUUGGACGCCAACUCGUUUGCAAAAAUGCUGCACGGUGUGACGGACAAUCAGAUACUGGAGAUUGUGAGGAGCUGGGAUGUGUCGAAGCGCGUGCUGCUGGUCCUAGGCAUGUCCACACUCAUGUGGGAGAACCCCAUGACCAAAAAGCAGCUCAGCAAAAUCCGGCGCAAAUGGAACUGGGUUCGGGUGCUUCAGCCGCUGCUUUGGGCUUUUGAGUCGGGCUCGGGCAGCAAGAAAUACCUGCCGUGGGAGGAGAGCAGAGAGGAACUUUUGGGCGCAAUACAGAACCAGGUGGAUCUCAUGCAGCUCGGCCACGACGUGGACCUGACGCUGGGGCACGCCUCCAAGAAUAGUCUUUCCGUACGGUCUGCUAGAAAAACUACGCGUUCCUUACCCCCGGAGAUUUGGUCCAUGAUCCUUGACUUUACCAACGAUUGGGAGUUAGCAAAGGCGCUCAAUGUCUACACGACGCUACCGACGCCGCAGUCAUGGCAACGCGCAGCGAGCAAGGAGGGACCCCAGACGUUGAUGGAGAAGCUGGAAUGGGCCAUACUCGCAGGUACAUUGGAUGACGUCAAGGCACUAUUCAACGCACAUCCCGCCCCGCCAUGGUUGUCGACGCAAGCCAUACGAAUCAUCAUGCGCUUCGGAAUGGUCUCGCUGCUGAAAUAUCUCGAAGAAUACCACAAGGAUCUCUUCUGGGCGUCCUUCGGCCAUGCCUUCCUCCCAGACAAGGCGUCGGCCGUGUUUGGACGCGUCGAGAUCCUCGAAUACUGGCGCACAUCGCCCACAUUCCUAAACAAGGAAUAUACGAUUGACGCCGUCGACGGGGCCAGCCGCGCCGGCUUCGUGCACGUGUUGGAAUGGUGGCGCAAGAGCGGGUUGCCGCUCAAAUACACCGAGGCGGCGCUGGAGCAGGCCAGCAGCAAAGGGCAGAUCGAGGUGCUGGAUUGGUGGAAGAACGCUAGCAUGCGCGAAGACGGACAGGUGCGGGCUGGAGGCGACGAGUCGGAAAGCGAAGGGGCGACGGCAUCGCCAUUGUCGCGGCGGCGAGGGCCUCUACGGCUGAAGCCAGGCAAGGCGAUCGCGUUCGCAACGCAGGCCGGGUCGCGCGAGACGCUGCAGUGGUGGGUGACAUCGUCGGUGCCCUUCUCGCACGAGGACACGGUAGCGAAGCUUGCGUCGACGCACGGGCAUGUGGGCAUCCUCGACUUCUGGCACUCGCUACAUGGCGAGAAGAUGAUCUACGACAACCAGGUGCUGGUAGGCGCAACCAAGAUGGGCCACCGCGACGUGCUGGAGUGGUGGAAGUGCAGCGGGCUGCGCGUCGAGUACAAGACAUGCGACAUCGAGGAGGCGCUUGAGGACGGCGUCGAGGGCGUCAAAGGCCAGCAAGUGCGGCGAUGGUGGGCUGAAAACGGGCUCAACCUGGGCGUGGGCACGAGCGAGUGGAUGCGGACAAAACUGCUUAACUAAUACAUCUUUCUACCUGUCUGUUGGUCUAUGUAUUCUUACCUAGGUAUACCUACCGUGCCCAACGUCCUUCACCGUCAACUGAUACUCGCCGUUAGCGAAACC